GGGCCGCGUGGGCGCCGGGAUGGAGGGCGCCGAGGGGCGGGGAGCAGGCGUGCGUGUGUGUGCGAGCGCGAGGGAGGCCGGCCUUUAGUGUAACCGGAGCUACAAAGAAGGGGAGAGUCCGGGAGAGGGAGGGAGGAGCGGCGGCGGCGCCGGGGGCCUCUGCGCACCCUCCCCGUGGGCAGGAGCCCCCUCGCAGCGGCCUCGGCCCCCGACGCGGGGCCGCCCCUCGGCGCCCGCCCGGCAGCCCGGAAUGAUGAAGAAGAACAAUUCCACCAAGAGGGGGCCUCAGGAUGGAAACCAUCAGUGUGCACCGCCUGAGAAGGUCGGCUGGGUCCGGAAAUUCUGCGGGAAAGGGAUUUUCAGGGAGAUUUGGAAAAACCGCUACGUGGUGCUGAAAGGGGACCAGCUCUACAUCUCUGAAAAGGAGGUAAAAGAUGAGAAAAACAUUCAAGAGGUGUUUGACCUGAGUGACUAUGAGAAGUGUGAAGAGCUCCGGAAAUCCAAGAGCAGGAGCAAGAAGAAUCAUAGCAAGUUCACUCUUGCCCACUCCAAACAGCCCGGGAACACGGCACCUAACCUGAUCUUCCUGGCAGUGAGUCCGGAAGAGAAGGAAUCCUGGAUCAAUGCCCUCAACUCCGCCAUCACCCGAGCCAAGAACCGCGUCCUGGAUGAGGUCACCGUUGAGGAGGACAGCUAUCUCGCCCACCCUACUAGAGACAGGGCAAAAAUCCAGCACUCCCGCCGCCCUCCGACUCGGGGACAUCUAAUGGCUGUGGCUUCAACCUCUACCUCGGAUGGGAUGCUGACCUUGGACCUGAUCCAGGAGGAAGACCCUUCCCCUGAGGAGCCAACCUCCUGUGCUGAGAGCUUCCGGGUCGACCUGGAUAAGUCUGUGGCCCAGCUCGCAGGCAGCCGGCGGAGAGCAGACUCGGAUCGUGUCCAGCCCUCCUCGGACCGGGUAGGCGGCCUUCCCCGACUCUGGGAAAAGCCAGACAAAGGGGCCACCUACACCCCACAGGCACCCAAGAAGUUGACCGCCACAGAAAAAAGCCGUUGUGCCUCCCUGGAGGAGAUCUUGUCUCAGCGGGACGCUGCACCAGCCCACACCCUCCAACGACGGGCCGAGGACCCCCCAACCCCCAUCCCACCCCACCCGGGGCAGCUGUCCCGGAUCCAGGACCUGGUAGCCAGGAAACUGGAGAAGACUCAGGAGCUGCUGGCAGAGGUUCAGGGACUGGGAGACGGGAAGCGAAAGGCCAAGGACCCCCCUCGGUCUCCUCCCGAUUCUGAGUCAGAGCAGCUGCUGCUGGAGACGGAGCGGCUGCUGGGAGAGGCAUCGUCGAAUUGGAGCCAGGCGAAGAGGGUGCUGCAGGAGGUCAGGGAGCUGAGGGACCUGUACAGACAGAUGGACCUGCAGACCCCCGACUCCCACCUCAGACAGACCACCCAGCACAGUCACUACCGGAAGAGCCUGAUGUGAAGGCCAGUGCCAGAGUCUGGAACUCAUGGGGGUGGACAGAUUCUUCUCUCCAAGUGUUGCAGGAUAAAAGCUUUUUUAUUUACCUCAGUCAAAAAAAGAAAACAAAAACACAAUCGAA